AGGUGUCACUUGGUAAUCAACACAGGUGUGACCGAACACUCGUCUUAUUAUCAGUCCCGAGGAAAGAAAGUAAAGUGUUUUAUUCAUCGCCAGAGACAGGUGUUUAACUUAUUUUGAAGUUCUGCUGAUAACUCAAGGUGCCAUGUCGCAGGAGAGUUUGCUUGAAGGCCCAUCAUCAGAACAUAAGACAGAACUAAAUGAGGAAAAUUUUCUUAAAGAGUUGUAUCUCUUCAUGAAGAGCAGAGACACACCCAUCGAGAGAAUACCUCAUCUGGGCUUCAAGCAGAUUGACCUUUUUCUGAUGUACAAGACAGUGCAAAAAUUAGGAGGCUACAGUCAGGUGACGGCACAUCAGCUAUGGAAGCAAGUUUAUAACGAGUUAGGUGGGAACCCACGUAGUACCAGUGCAGCCACCUGCACACGCCGGCACUAUGAAAAGCUUAUACUGCCCUUUGAAUGGCACAUGAGAGGGAAGGACGACAAGGACUUGCCUGUUCCUCGCCAACAGAAACGAUCACGCCUCCAUAGCUUCCCGCAUGAGGAAGAGGAAGUCUUGAGGGGAGCCAAGCGGGGCAUGAAUUAUGGAUUCCGGCAUGCAUCGCUCUCUCAGGACACUCAUGACUUUUUAGUGGACAGCCGCAUGAGCGUAAUUCCUGUGCCUGUGCAUUUCCAACAGUUCUUCCACAACCACCCCUCAUUGCCCCCCUAUCACCCAAUGACCCCAAUGGUUCAGCCCCCUCAUACUAAUCUCCCCCCACCCACAUCCCACAUACAUACCCCCCAAGAGAAGAGUGACUGGCCGAAGCAACAGCUGGUCUUGCUCCGAAAUUUAGCCAAGGAGUAUGUCUCAUCCUCGGGAUUUGCUGAGCCGCUGAACCUCAGCUGCAAAGAUGGAGGUGCAGAAUCUCUAAAUCAGAAGCCAUCUUCUUUUACCCCAACUGGCAGCAGCAGCAACAAGAUGCCCAGGUUCUUAAACAAAGUUUUUCCUUUAUACCCAGCCUGGAAUUUACCUAAAGAUGAGGCAUAUGAUGGGAUGGAAAAUGAAAAAGGUCCAAACAGUUCCAGUCCACGACACAGUCCAGUUACAAUCCAAGAACCAAACGUCAUUGAUCUUUCCUCUACCACCUACCAGAACACCUCUCCAGUCACAAGUCCCAGUGUGCAUAUGAAGGCCUAUAAUAACAUAUCUCCACAGAACUGCAGACCUAAUGAUUCAAACAGCACAUAUCCUAUGAUGCAAAAGGAAGCUGAGAGACCUUCACAGCCUCCUGUUUCUCCCUUCAGUAUGAGCAAUCCCAUACUUACUUCACCUAAGGACCCCACAGGUAAAAUGGAGAUCCAGAUUCCACUGGCAGUGUUACAGGACUUGCUGAAUUCUAAAUUUAGAGUGGGCUCCCAACUUCUGUCAAGUAGCCCAGUAUCACAGCCUGACAAAGGCCAAGUCAUCAUUAAUGAAGAAACGUGUGAGCGCAAAGCAAGUUUGGAGAGUACUCCCCAGGAAAAUGACUCCAGACCACUGACUCUCCCAGUGAAGGAGAGGAAAUGUUCAAUGGAAGUGGCAGACCAUAUAAAGAGCAGCCCAAAGAAAAAGACAAAUGUGACCAGUCCUUCUGGCAGGGACAGUCACCUGAACAGUUACCAUGUCUCUUUGGGAAUCCAAGCACAUGACUGGGAAUCUGCAUCAGAAUGUAAGAAGAAUCUGCCCCAGCUAAACAUGCCUAUAAGUAAUGGAGCUGGAAGUGCUGCAUACCGCCAGUUGUGCUCACAGGACAGGGAUUAUGAAGUUCAGAAGCCCUCCGCUGUCAGGAACAUCCAGAUUCAGGACUUAAUGUUGGACAGGAACUGUAGCCAGGCCCAGUUGGCGCGCAUGUGGUUGUACCCAGGGUCACAUGUGGCGGAACAUGAAAUAAAGCGGCCACAGGCAACAGUUUACAUAAAUGAUACUUUACAUAGCAGGGACCCUCUGUCCAGGCAUUUUCGAGGCAUGCCCUUGGCAAUACCUGAAAGACAUUCAAUGCUCAUGGUCAACUCUGCCUCACCAUCCCUGAUGCCCCUUACCAUAGAGGAAUGCCUGAAACUUCGAAGACUUAUUUCUAGCUCUCCGUAAGUGUACUGAAAGUGGAUGUUUUUCUGACACAUUGGAAUUAUGCAUCACUCUCUAACUGACGUAAAAUUCCAGCUAACAAUACCACAACAUUGUUAUGUCUAUUCUGUUUUAUCGUGAAGACCUACAUUCUUAAUUUAAAAACUGUUUUAUGCCAUACACACACACAUAUACACACAUAUACACAAAAAAUCAACAAAAAGUACAUAAAAACAUAAAUUAAUUAACUUCUGUGACAUUUUCUAUAUUGUUAAAUUUUUCUGCUGCUAAAAUAUCUUUUGUCAUUUUGUGAAGUAGUUCUCUUGUAGAUUUUUGUUUGAUUGCGCUAUUAAGCAGUAAGAAAACUUCAAAUUAUCCUAGAUGACUAGAUGGCUAUGGACAUAUUCCAAAAAAAUUAUGUAAAGCAGAAGUCUCUUUUUUAUGACUGGCUGACGUUAAGAAUAGGUCCUAACCUAUGUUAUUUUGUCACAAUAAUGAAAGAAGCAUUGAACUACCUUUCUAAUGAAGUAUAUGAAAUUUGUUACAUAUGUACAUAUGUACACCCUGAUCAAGUGACAGAUAAGAAUUAAAUUCAUGUUUGUAUUUUGUAUGUUUUGUAUGUUUUUAUACAUAAGUAUUUUUUUAUACUUGUUUUUAUCUUCUUGAUUCCAGUGAAGAUUUAGGUUAAGAGUUAUUUUCUGCUUGUGAUAUAGUAACGCCUGUUCUGUUCUUUUCUUGUUUAUAUAAAGGCAGGUGGAGGGAUUAAAUGUACUUUCUUUUGAACAAAGGCAAUAUAUAAUAAUUGAAGAAUAUGUAAUUCUACAUCUAUGCAAAGCUGUAAUGAAUAGUUCACAGUUUGAUACAUUGAAUUUAUGCCACAAAUAUUUGUAGAUUACAUUAAACAACAUCAAUUUCAAAGGAUAAUACUGGUUUUCAAUAAGCUAAUGAUUGAGGCAAAGUUAUUUAAUUUUAUUUUCACAAUCAGUAAUAUUUUAACAACAGAUAUUACACAUCCAUACAAACAAAAAUGACCUCUCCUUAUUUGUAGUAUUUCCUUAUGUUCCCAAAUAUUUGCCACUUAUGUUAUAUAUCCCAUGUAAAAGAGCAGGCAGUAGUAUAAUUGAAUGAGAUUGUGUGAAACAUUUUUGUAUUAUUAGUGCCAUGCUGGGUCCAAUCAUAUGAAUACUUCUAUUUUACAAAAUUGUUGUUUUACAAAAUAAACAUAAUUUUUUUCAUUA